AUGCUCUCCAAGAUUGCUCUGCCCCUGCUUCUUGCAGGCAUCGCCAGCGCGCAAACUUCAGACGUUAUUUCCUUCCCCUUCGUCGGCGAUGGCUACUACACCGUCGUCCCCACCGAGGGCGUCAGCGGCUCCAUCGUCGACGUCAAGGACUCGCGCACCACCAUGGUCUACGAGUGCGACACGUACGCCAGCAAUAUCUACCAGUACUCGACCGUCGGUGUCCUCUGCCCGCUCGGCACCAACCGCCCCGUCAGCGUUACCUUUGGCGACAACUACUGGGGUCAACUGACCUCCGUCUCUACUGCCGGAAUCUCUGCCACCUACGACCAGGACUGCGAUGUUACCGCUACCCCCGCUAGCAACGGCGGUCUUAGCGCCGUCGAGUCGCCCGUCUGCACCAUGAGCUUCGGCGGCGAGUACGCCGAGACUCUUGCUGGUCUGUUCAACUGCGCCGGCAAUGUUGAUGCCGAUGAUAUCGACACCGACGAGUUCUACGCCUGCCUCACCUCCGCAACCGCAACCCCGACUAAGGUUGCAGUUAUGACCCUCGAGCCCACGAACGUUUGGUACUGGACCGUCACCGUCACCGCCGUUGCUGAGGGCGUGAACACUGCCGCUGCUGCUGCCACCGGUAGUUCCGCCUCCGCCACCGCCACCGGUAGUGCGGGUAACGCUGCUGCCGGAACCGCCGUCAGCCGCCUUUCCAUUGCCGGUGUCGUCGGUCUUGCGGCUGUUGUUCUUGCGCUGUAA